AUGUCAUAUUUCUCAAGAAAAGAAAAAAGUCUGUUAUUUAAACACUUCUCAAAAAUCUUCCCAAAUACAUUGAUAACUGAAAUAGGAAUUACUGAGGAUUUGAAACAGAGGUUGAUAAUAUUACAAACUAUUUGUUGUAACUCUAUGUUAUCCACUGGAGUUAGAAACAUAGAGUGAGCAAUGUUGACGACAUGAGGAUCUGAUGUAUCAAGAAUUGAGUAUUGAUCUAUCCGACUUGUUAUUUGCUCACAUAUAUCAACAAAAUAUUUAUUAAAAACACAGGCUAUAUCAGUGGGAGCGUCCAGCUGCUGAUUAUUGUGAUUAAUUGAUUUUACGUCAUUUUUUGCUAGCAUUAGUUAC